GAAAAAUCUCUGGAAACGGUACCUGGAUUAGACUUAAGUGGCGAGGAUAUCGAAAUGUACUACCAAUACGUGAGAUUUGUGGAUAGAUUUCUGAGAUUUAAUAGGAACUAUCAGAUAGAAUAUUUUAAGUUAAGCUACCCUGGUGAUGGGAGUUCUGAGCGUGAAGUUGAUCUGCUCAAGCGGUGGAUCGAUACUGUCAUUCAGCUGAAGGUUAAAGAUUUAGAUUUUUUUGACUAUUCAUGGGAAUGGGGGUUUGAUAACUUUCAGCUACCUUCAACCAUUUACAUUUGUGAGAGCUUGGUAUCCUUAAAGCUAUCUACUGUUACCCUGCCUAGUGUCAAGUCUGUUUCUUUACCUUUUCUCAGAGUUCUCAAGCUAGGUGCAGUUAAGUUCGCCGACCAUUUGGAUUUAGAAACACUCAUCUCAGGCUGCACUGCUCUCGAAACCUUAGCUAUAAGAUUCUUUGAUCGCGUCCAAGUUUUACAAGUGUCUUCUCAGUCUCUACUGAGCUUCACUCAUGUUGCGCCCAAGCUUGUCUUUACUCAUGCUGUGCGAAAGCCUUUGGCUGAAAAAGAUCUAUCAAUUGUAAUUGAUGCUCCCAGGCUUGAGUAUCUGAAACUCAGUGAUCAUCAGACUUCAAGUUUCAUAAUAAAAAAUCCUGGUUCCCUUGUUGCGGUGGAUAUUGAUAUUAACUUGUCUUCCGGCUUCGAUUCGAGGAAUAUGAUUCGUGAUUUUCUUGUUGGGAUCUCUAGCGUCAAAAAUAUGACCAUCUCUUCCAUUAUUCUUAAGAUCAUCUAUGAUUACUUAAGAUGUGAACCACUACCUCCCCAUUCCGUAAUCUAUAUUUCUUGCAUGUUGAGUUCUACGACUACAGGUUUAAAAUGUUGCCAACCUUUCUUGAGAUCUGCCCAAAUCUAA